UGAACUUGUCUGUGGAUGCGGCCAGGAAAGCGUUCGGGUUUAAGGGUUUUAAACGGUCAACAGAAGAACUUGGAGGGCUAUGUUGGCUUUGCAAACCUCCCUAACCAAGUUUACAGAAAAUCAGUGAAGAGAGGGUUCGAGUUCACUCUUAUGGUUGUGGGGGAAUCUGGACUUGGAAAAUCAACACUGAUCAACUCGCUCUUUCUGACAGACCUGUACUCUGCUGAUUAUCCAGGGCCUUCACAUAGAAUUAAAAAAACUGUGCAGGUGGAACAAUCAAAGGUUCUGAUUAAAGAAGGAGGAGUGCAUCUUCUGCUCACUAUUGUUGACACACCUGGCUUUGGUGAUGCUGUUGACAACAGCAACUGCUGGCAGCCAGUUACUGAUUAUAUCGACAGUAAGUUUGAGGAUUAUCUCAACGCAGAGUCGCGUGUCAACAGACGUCAGAUGCCAGACAACAGAGUGCACUGCUGCCUGUAUUUCAUUGCACCAUCUGGACAUGGGCUGAAGCCCCUUGAUGUUGAGUUUAUGAGACGUUUACAUGAAAAAGUAAACAUCAUCCCCCUUGUUGCCAAAGCAGACACAAUGACUCCUGAGGAGUGUCAACAGUUCAAGAAACAGAUCAUGAAAGAAAUUCUGGAGCACAAAAUUAAAAUCUAUGAGUUCCCCGAGACAAAUGAGGUGGAGGAAAUGAAGCUGGUCAGAAAAAUAAAGGAUCAUUUACCCUUGGCUGUAGUUGGUAGUAACACCAUCAUCGAGGUCAAUGGAAAACGAGUGCGUGGGAGGCAGUACCCCUGGGGUGUGGCUGAAGUGGAAAAUGGAGAACACUGUGACUUUACCAUCCUCCGCAAUAUGCUUAUUAGGACUCACAUGCGGGACCUGAAGGAUGUGACAAAUAAUUCUCACUAUGAAAACUACCGCAGCAAGAAACUGGCUGCAGUUACAUACAAUGGUGUGGACAACAAUAAGAACAAGGGGCAGCUUACAAAAACUGAGACGGAUGACGGCAUGAGUCCUCUAGCCCAGAUGGAGGAGGAGCGACGUGACCAUGUGGCAAAGAUGAAGAAGAUGGAACAAGAAAUGGAACAAGUGUUUGAGAUGAAGGUCAAAGAGAAGCUACAGAAGCUCAGAGACUCAGAGGCUGAGCUGCAAAGGCGCCACGAGCAAAUGAAAAAGAACCUGGAGGCCCAGCACAAAGAAUUAGAGGAGAAACGUCACCAGUUCGAGGAAGAAAAGGCCAACUGGGAAACCCAGCAGAAGAUUCUGGAACAGCAGAAGCUAGACUCUCGGACCCUGGAAAAGAACAAAAAGAAGAAGAUAUUUUAAUUUUUCCCGGAGGACCAUCAUUUUUUGCCAACCUGCCAGCCUGGAGUGUAAGGACAUCUAUUCAUCAAUAGUAUAACUAUAUAUAUAAUUUCCUCCCAAUUUGUUAUGCUUCUCAUUUUCCAAUAUUUUUCUGACUUUUUUUAGAUUUGUUUUGCUUUUGUAUGGACCCUGUUAUAUUGUAGCCUUACUCUAGGAAAGCAAACAUGUAUUCCUGACUUUGCUCACUUUGAGUGCAACAAGAAACAGAUGACACCAAAGUAAUAUAGAAACUGCUCCUAAAAUCUGUUCUUCGUCAGUUUCUUUGAACUUCAUUUACACAUUCGACAUAAAAUAGGUUUCUACCGGACAGAUCUUCCAGGGGCUGGAUGUGGGAAGUCUGAGUCUGAUGGAGGACAUGAGCACAGAUAUUGCUCAGACAGAUAUUGCUCAGACAAGUAGCUGUCAGCUCACUUUACAUAAGAUGGAUUCAAUCACAUGGCACUGUUUGUGUAAUGUGUCUGUGUUUUGUAAUUUCUUGUUUUUAUUGUAUAAAUUCACAUAAUAAAAUUGUGAUUGGGAGAAGAACAAAA